GUCUAUGUUUAUAUUGUUUCUAUGUGUGGCGCAAACACGUUCGGUUUUCUAAAUUUUGUUUGUUUCGUCACAAUGGAGGACGCUGUAGAUAAAUAUCGAUCGCCGCUUGUUUCGAGAUAUGCAUCCGCAGAAAUGUCGUUUAAUUUCAGCGACAGAAAGAAAUUUUCGACUUGGCGAAAACUUUGGUUCAUUUUGGCGAAAGCGGAAAUGGAGUUGGGGUUGGGGGUUACAGAAGAACAAGUCGCUGAAAUGGCUGGGUGUUUGGAGCUCAAUGAAGAGGAUUUCAAAGUAGCAGAAGCUGAGGAAAAGAUACGUCGGCAUGAUGUUAUGUCGCAUGUCCAUGCGUUUGGUGUUCGUUGCCCGAAAGCUGCGGCUAUCAUUCAUCUGGGUGCUACGUCAUGUUACGUGGGGGAUAACGCUGAUCUGAUCGUUAUAAGGGACGGUUUGUGUAUGUUGGUGAACAAGUUGGCGAAGUGCUGCCAUCGGUUGAAGGAUUUUGCGCUGAAAUAUUCAGACUUGCCUACAAUGGGUUUCACACAUUUACAGCCGGCACAGUUAACAACUGUGGGCAAACGUGGCUGUUUAUGGUUGCAAGAUUUAUUAAGUGAUUUAAAAAGUUUGGAAAGAUUAAAAUUAGAGCUUCGAUUCCGUGGGAUUAAAGGGGCGACCGGUACGCAAGCAAGUUUCCUCGCGUUGUUCGACGGCGAUCAUGGUAAAGUAGAAAAGUUGGAUCGGUUGGUGACGAAGAUGGCCGGGUUUGAACGCUCGUAUAUUAUAACUGGACAGACAUACCCUCGCAAAGUUGACAACGAGAUUUUAUCGUCACUUGCAAGUUUGGGGGCAUCGAUUCAUAAAAUCUGCACCGAUAUUCGGUUGUUAGCGCAUAUGAAGGAAAUUGAGGAACCUUUCGAGAAAAGUCAGAUCGGCUCAAGCGCGAUGGCUUACAAACGUAACCCAAUGCGCAGCGAACGAUGUUGCUCGCUGGCUCGACACUUGGUGACACUCUCACUCAACCCUCUACAAACCACGUCAACCCAAUGGUUCGAACGAACGCUCGACGACAGCGCAAACCGAAGAAUUUCGAUUCCUGAGGCUUUUUUAACAGCUGAUGUGAUUUUAAAUACUUUCCAAAACAUAACUGAGGGAAUCGUGGUUUACCCUCAAGUUAUAAAGCGACAUAUUCGUCAAGAAUUGCCGUUCAUGGCAACAGAGAACAUAAUGAUGGAGAUGGUGAAGUUGGGCGGGGACCGACAGGAAGUCCACGAGAAAAUCCGAGUUUUAUCUCAACAAGCGUCGUAUGUGGUGAAACAUGAGGGGGAAGAUAACGAUCUUAUGAAGAGGAUAAAAGAGGAUUCCUACUUUGCCCCCAUCCAUGAGAGGUUGGAUGCGAUGGUUGAUCCAAGGUUGUUCAUCGGGAGAUCAUCGGAGCAAGUGGUCGAGUUCGUGAGGGAGGAAGUAGAACCAAAUUUACUCGCUUAUAAAGAUCAUAUUAAUGGAAGCGCUGAUUUAAAUGUUUAGCAGGGAGUGAAGUGCAUUGCUUGGAACAGCCUUAGGCGCCAAACCUGGGGUGGCAGGAUGGGCAGGCCAACCCUGGAAUUUUCUGCACUACUUUAAUCAGUGAACAUUACAACCAAUAAGUUAGAUUUGUUUCACAGGAUUGUGGGUCUAACUAUCCCUGCCUCCCCUGUGUUGUAACAGCUACCAUUGUUUGUCAUCAAUCAAAUAUUUCACUUGUGACAUCAUAACGUAUUGUUUUUCCAGA